AUGGCUUUCGAAUUCGGUAAAGAAGUAUGUCGUGCGGCCUUCGAUGGCGGUGAUACACCUAAAGUCUCGUACGGAUUGCGAUUUCCCGAGGCCACUCUCCGACAUUGUGAAGAUGUCUUCUCCAAAUCAAAAAUCUACAUAAUCUGCUCAGGCUCAUUGGCGCGGAACACUGAUGCCCUCGACCGACUGCGCUCGGCGUUGGGUGAUCGCGUCGCGGGUGUUCGAGUCGGUAUCGACCCACAUACCCCUCUUACCCAAGUCCUCGAGGUGAUCAGAGAUGCUAAAGAGCAUGAAGUCGAUUGUUUGGUCACACUUGGUGCUGGGAGUUUAACCGAUGGCGCGAAGAUUGUGCGAUUCGCAUUGGCCAACUCUGCAUCAACCAUGGAGGACUUGGAUACACUCUGGGGCAACACGCAGAGCAAUCCAAAGUUCCGAGAGAAGGUACACAAGCCGACGGUUCCGCUCAUCCAUAUCCCUACAUCGCUGUCUGGGGGCGAAUACCAGGCCAUUGCUGGGGGUACGGAGUCACAGAGCAACGCUAAGCGGACAUUUUAUUGUGGUGGCGUGAAUCCAGAGCUUGUCAUCCAAGACCCAGAGCUAUGCAUUACAACUCCUCAGUGGGUGUGGCUUAGCACGGGUAUUCGAGCUGUAGAUCAUUGUGUCGAGACUCUCUGCUCUUUGGUGUCGAACGAAAAAGGCGAUGAAUGUUCAAGAAAAGCCCUCCCUAAACUAAUUUCCGGUCUCCUCCAGUGCAUGAACGAUCCAUCUUCUCUCAGAGCUCACCAUCUCUGUCAGCAAGGCGUUGUUGAUGCGAUGGCCGCCGUGUCGAGCGGCGUUCCGCUGGGUGCUAGUCACGCUAUUGGACACCAGCUUGGGCCCCUUGGUGUAGGCCAUGGUGAGACGAGCUGUAUCUUGCUGCCUGCGGUUUGCAAAUUCAACCUCAAGAUGCAGGCAAAUGUCGAGCGACAGGCCGCCGUCAGAGACUUGCUCAUGCAGCAGAGCGAGGUUCAGGAUAUCUGCAAGGCGAGAACUAAUACACUCAGUACAUUUGACCUGGGCGACGUUCUCGAUGCCGUGAUUUCGACCCUCCAAAUGCCUCGAUAUCUUGAGGACGUCAAAGUGAGCACUGAUAAUAUUUCUACACUGGCGAAAAACAGUCUUGACGACAUUUGGAUACGCACAAACGCGUUCCCUAUCACGGAAGAGGCGCAAGUAAGAGAAAUUCUCGCAAUGUGCAUGCGGCGAUGA